ACUUCCAGCGCUGCGGCGGCCGUAUACUUACGAAUGCGUUCACGACAGUCCUUUCCUAACCUAACAGGCAUCUGCUUGCGCUGCUAACACCGGCAGCCUAUCUCAGAAGAGAAGGUCUCAUCUUGCAUCUGUCGAACCCACAUAACUCUACACCAGAUGCAAAGGUACCUGCCAAGAUGGGAGUGGUUGUUUAAUCUAAUUAAGACGUUGAUCAGCCCCACUCCGACAGUGACGCUGGUAGCGUGUCUAGCACGAAAUCACAGGGAUACGAUGCUUGACUGCGCUGCCAUGCAUAUGGCAAUGCUUGAUAUAAAGCCAAGUCGUUUCUCCGUCUUAUGUUUUAUCAUCCCACACUCUCACCUUCAUUCCAUCCACUGGUCCUUCGCUCGCACUUCUCUCGCUCAAGAUGCCGUCCAUCUCUUGCCUCACGGCAGCUCUGGCCUUUGCCAGCACUGCCCUCGCCAACCCGGUCCAGCUCGACAAGCUUGAGAAGCGCUCCACCUUCUCCGUCGAACAAGUCAAGCACUCGACCUACCUGAAGAACGGACCUGCCCAGAUUGCGAAGACUUUCCGCAAAUACGGCAAGACGGUUCCGGAUCACAUCCUCGCUGCUGCGGACAACGCGGCCUCGGUUUCAGCCGCGGCUGUUACUGGUACUGUUCCUGCGAACCCGUCUGACAGCUAUGAUUCGAGCUACUUGAGCCCGGUAACAAUCGCUGGCAAGACCGUUCACUUGGACUUUGACACCGGCAGCUCUGACCUGUGGGUCUUCUCUUCCCUCCAGGCCUCGACACAGCUGGCUGGCCACGAUUACUACACAGCCGAUGCUUCCAAGAAGCUGUCAGGCUACACCUGGAAGAUCUCCUACGGUGAUGGCUCCGGCGCAGCAGGAACAGUCUACGCCGACAAGGUUGUCGUCGGUGGCGUUACUGCCACAUCCCAGGCAGUUGAGGCUGCUACCUCCGUCUCGAGCACUUUCAGCCAGGACACCGAUACGGAUGGUCUUCUCGGUCUUGCCUUCAGCUCGAUCAACACCGUCCAGCCUGUUCAGCAGAAGACAUGGUUCGACACCGUCAAGAGCCAGCUCGCCCUGCCCGUUUUCUCGGUCUACCUCAAGUACCACGCUGCCGGAAGCUACGACUUCGGACUUAUCGACAGCAGCAAGUACACCGGCGCGAUCACCUACGUCAACGUAGACAGCAGCCAAGGUUUCUGGGGCUUCAGCGCCACCGCGUACAGCGUCGGCACCACCACUACCACCAGGAGCAUCGCCGGUAUCCUUGACACCGGAACCACUCUCAUCUACGUCGACACUGCUGUUGUCGCUGCCUACUACGCCAAGGUCACCGGCUCCAAGAACGACUCGACUCAGGGUGGUUACACAUUCCCCUGCUCGGCGACCCUUCCCGACUUCUCCAUCACCGUUGGUGGUGUCAAGCAGGUCGUGCCCGGCAGGUUCAUCAACUACGCCCCUGUCUCGUCAACCGUGUGCUUCGGUGGUAUCCAGGCCAACACUGGUAUCGGAUUCAACAUCUUCGGUGAUAUCUUCCUCAAGAGCAAGUACAUUGUCCACGAGCGCGGUACCGGAACCCCCCGUCUCGGCUUCGCCCAGCAGGCCGGUAUUUAAGUAUGAGUUGGUGUGACGUCUAGAUGUGACCACAGUAGGAUGGAUGAACGGAUGAGUGGGUAUAGAGCCUAGCAGUGACAUGAUCUGAUUCCUCUGUUAGUUAUUUCUACGCUUGCUUAGAACGAUAUGAAUGAUAUUUCAAG